CGUCCUCAACGCGGUUGUCCGUUCGUUUUCCUGCACCGUUCAGCGUGCGGCGCAGCGGAGGAUGAGCGACCAAGGGAAGGGCUCGGCGUCCACCUCUGCCGCGGCCCCGGCGCCGGGGUCGGACACUUACAAAGGCUGGCUUUUCAAAUGGACCAACUACUUGAAAGGGUAUCAGCGGCGGUGGUUUGUCCUCAGCAACGGCCUACUGUCAUAUUACAGGACACAAGCAGAGAUGGCCCAUACAUGCCGUGGCACCAUCAACUUGGCCACGGCACAUAUCGAUACUGAAGAUGCCUGCAAUAUUGUCCUAAGUAGCGGUGGGCGCACCUACCACCUGAAGGCAAGCACAGAAGUAGAGCGCCAAAGAUGGGUGACGGCAUUGGAGUUGGCCAAGGCCAAGGCCAUCCGCAUGAUGAACGAUCAGUCAGAUGACUCUGGGGAUGAGGAGCCCACAUCCCAGUCGGACCGCAGCGAGAUCCAGGGCACCCUGAAGACGCUGAUCAGCAAGCUCGAUGAUCUCAGUACAUGUAACGACCUUAUCGCCAAGCACGGGGCGGCCCUACAGCGCUCGUUGAGUGAACUUGAGGGGCUCAAAGUGCCGGUGGAGGGAGGGGAGAAGAUCAAGGCCGUCAAUGAGCGAGCCACCCUUUUCCGCAUCACCUCCAAUGCUAUGAUCAAUGCGUGCCGGGACUUCUUGGACCUAGCAGAAACCCACAGUCGGAGAUGGCAGCGGGCGCUGCAGUAUGAGCGAGAGCAGCGCACCCACCUGGAGGAGACCAUUGAGCAGCUAGCUAAGCAGCAUAACAGUCUGGAGAGAGCCUGGAGGGAGGCCCCCGCACUCGCUGCCAACACACCCAGUGCCCCCACCCCUGGCAAGGAAGGGAGUGAAAGGCCACUCAAAGAGGACGCAAGUGAUGAUGAAGAUACUGAGUACUUUGAUGCCAUGGAGGACUCACCUGCGUUCAUCACAGUGACCGCUGUUGAGCACACACAGCACAGGCGUUCUCAAAGUAACUUGAGUGGAGCAAGCGGAGGCCAAGCCAACGACUGGAAUCAGGAUGAUCACGUGUCUCCAAGCUGUAAUGAUCUGUCAGGGAAGGAGCUGCAGCCCCGCAGACAGCGACGGACCCAUAUUCCAGACAAGCCAAACUACUCCCUAAACCUCUGGAGCAUCAUGAAGAACUGUAUUGGCAAGGAGCUCUCCAAAAUUCCCAUGCCCGUCAACUUCAAUGAGCCACUGUCAAUGCUACAGCGCCUGACAGAAGACCUGGAGUAUCAUGAGUUGCUGGACAAGGCGGCGCGUUGCGAGUCCUCUGAGCAGAUGUGCCUGGUGGCUGCCUUCUCUGUCUCCUCCUACUCCACCACGGUCCACCGCACAGCCAACCCUUCAACCCCUGCUGGGGAGACCUAUGAGCUGGACCGAUUGGAGGAAUUUGGCUACCGCUCACUGUGUGAGCAGGUGAGCCAUCAUCCCCCUGCAGCUGCUCAUCAUGUGAUUUCCCAACGAGGCUGGACCCUGUGGCAGGAAAUCACCAUAGCCAGCAAGUUCCGUGGCAAAUACCUCUCUAUAAUGCCACUGGGUGCCAUUCAUCUGCAGUUCUACUCCAGCGGGAACCACUAUGUAUGGAGGAAGGUCACCUCCACAGUGCACAAUAUCAUUGUGGGAAAGCUGUGGAUUGACCAGUGUUCCGGUGACAUUGAGAUUGUGAACCAGCGGACAAAGGAGACGUGCCAGCUCAAGUUCUCUCCCUACAGCUAUUUCUCCAGGGAAGUUCGCGUGACAGGCGUGGUGACCGACAGUGGGGGCCAGGCCCACUACAUACUGUCAGGCACAUGGGACGAUAAGAUAGAGAGUGCCAAGAUCGUUCAGAGCAGCCGAGGCGGCAGUGGAUCUGAGGGAAAACAGAAGACUGUCUACCAGACCCUUUCCCCCAAACUACUGUGGAAAAAAUACCCUCUCCCAGACAAUGCUGAGAACAUGUACUACUUCUCAGCGCUGGCGUUGACCCUAAACGAACUGGAGGAUGGAGUGGGAUUGACAGACAGCCGCCUGAGGCCAGACCAGAAGCUGAUGGAGGCAGGACGAUGGGAUGAGGCAAACGCAGAAAAACAGAGGCUGGAGGAAAAACAAAGAGCUGUGAGGAGGAAGAGGGAAGCAGAGGCUUCAGAUGCUUUGGAUGAAGGUCGAGAAUAUGAAGGCUACCAGCCAUUGUGGUUUCACCAGAGGAGGAACUCUGUCACUGGAGAGACAAACUUUGUGUACAAGGGAGGUUACUGGGAGGCUAAGGAGAAACAAGACUGGAGCAUGUGUCCUGAGAUCUUCUAAUCUAGGAGGUUACCCUGGACUACAGCUAAAACCUCAAUGGACUUGCCCUGGACAGGGAUCCGCUCUGCUUCUGGCCUUCAAAUAUGAGGGCAGGGCAACUUUAGGAGCACUGUGUGGAACUUUAAUUGAGCAUGAGAAUGUGUAUGUUUCUCGCACACUCUCAGAAUACACUGUACCUCCAAAAUAUAUGCUCUUACUCUGCGUUUUACAGUGUGUGGGGGGAGAAAGGUCAUUCCAUAAAUAGUUCCCCCAUCUGACACGAUAUUGUAACAGCAGUAAGUGUGAGCAAAUGUGUAAGAUGGCAGAGUUUUAGCAACACAGAAUAAUGCCCCUACAAGCUUCUGAAAUCAGGUGCUUCACAAAUGCUACCCACAAUGCACUUUUCUCUGUUCACCCCGUUUGUUUUAAGGAGUUUUAUUGAUUGAACAGAACCUCAUGUCAAGUGAGUUCAUCUCCAGUCUGAAAGAUGGAUAGAACUCCAACAUACAGAGGCAAAAAUCUAUCAAGACGCACAUAGAAAUGGACAGGACAGCGCUGAUUAAAUAUUUUUCAAAGGCUGUUAUAAAAGUGUCUUCGCACAGUUAGUUUUAUUCAGUACAGGGAAAAUUAUGCUGGGCAUAGAUUAUAGAUCUUGAAUUUUUCUCUCCGUCUCUGAUAUCAACCCCCCCCACACUUACAUAAUGAAUUGCAGGCCUGUAACCUGAAUAUGCUAUCAACAGGUAAUGACUGAUUGAUAAAAUCAACUUUCACUUAAUACAGUACAAGAUAGUUUAUCAUGACGCUCAGAUUUGGCAAAUUAUGCGUCAGUUCAAAAAAAAAUUUUUCUUAACAGUCUGUGAAUGUUGACAUUUCCUUGUGGGAACAUACAAUAGGUAUCCAUUCUGCAGCCAGUUAGACUGUAGUUUUAGUGAUAAUAUGGCUGCUUACUGGACUCGCAUCAGAAAAAAUGAUUGCAUUUCAGUCAUCUUAACACUGAAAUGGUGCAUAUAACCUCUUCUAAAGGGGUAGUAUGGUUAAAAUCGGAUAGUCAGGUUUGGCUUUAACAAAACUUUAAUACAUCAACACAAGCCUACAACAUUACAUUUAAAGACAUUCAUAUAUCCCUAGUAUAGGAAUGUUUAUCAACAUGUAAAAUUAAUAAGCACCCCUUCUCUCUAGGUGACCCUUGUUAAAUCCAUAUCUUUGUGUUGAUGUUUAAAAGAUUUAACUCUGUCCCUUUAGUUCCCUUGUCUUUCAGUGCUUUCCCGCACAUACCACAUCCUCGGUGACCACUCUCAGUGACGCAACUCAGUGAUCACAGUACAAAGUCUGCACCAAAACACUAAUACAUUCAAUAAUAUCUCGUUCCAUGCAUCAAUAUUCUGUCAAAUGGUGAAUUCUGUGGUGUAUAUUAUGCUAGUUCUGCAGUUUACGGCAGUCAUUAGUUCCUAGUUGAAAGGUUUCCAUAAGGACUACUUUAAACACCAACUGGAGCAGUGGUUCUGGUGUCCCCUGGGUGGCGUCUGCUGACAGCAGGUAACAAGGUAUCAAAACAGACAGGGCUGGCUCCUGUAGCAUACCGACUGCUGUGCAGACAACUCCAGGGCUAUCCAAUCACUGGUCCAGGCUCGACAGAGCUCAACUGUAGUCCUUGCAUCUAAUGGUCACAACUAAUGCGGAUACUCUGAUCUGGGAUCAGCUCAUGAAAGUACUGUCAGUCUUUUGCCUUUAACUGACUGAACAAGGGUGAACAGUCCCUUGAUAUGUGCACUACAUGUCCAAGGUGAGAAGCAUUUUGAAAACAAGUUAGCAUUUUUUUGUAAUAACUGUUUGGAAUGUAGACAUCAAGGCUGGAGGUAUUGUAUCUACCGUCUAGUCAUUUGUGUGGAUAUUUUGUGAUGACAAAAUGAUAUUGUAAUUAUACUAAUCUGAGUACUAAGUUAUCUGUACAGUGUAGUUUAAAAAUGAAAUUUGAAUGAAUGAGUCUAGGGAUUAAUUGUAAUUUUAAUUUUUAAUCCAAAUUGAUAUUGUUGGGUUGGAAGUUGAUAAUGACUUAAAACCUGAGUCUGGCUGCAGACUUAAUGUUUUGUAUUUACCAAAAGAAAAAAAAAUCACUUGACACAAGAAAAUCAUUUUAUAUAGAGUUCUUCAUACUAGUGCAGUAAUAAUUUUGUUUCAAUUAUCAGUUUAUAGAUCAAUACAUCUGGCAUUGCCCCUGAUAUGCCAAGAGUCUAAAAUGGGCUAGCCUAGAAAGCUGUCGUUAACACCAAGUACCAUUUUACACUGCAUAUUGGGUUCACAGUCAAGACAGCGGCAAGUUUCUAUAGGGUGAUAAAAGAGUUAAAAAGGAAUAUUGGCCAGUAAAAAUAAAAAUACUCAACUGUGAGAUCCUUCAACUGCCAAUUCAUGGUUAAUUUUUGCCCAGCAGUAUACGUCUAUACCUCCCAUUUGCCCCCCCCUUUUUUUCACAAUUUUCCUGUGCAUUUGUGAUAAGUGGUUAUCACAAGCACACUUUGGUCAAUCACUCACACUCUUGUCACACAGCACCAGGCUUCAUUUUUCUGCGCUAUUUAUGUUCCCCUCAUCUGUCCACUUUGCACCUUUUACCUUUCAGCAAUCAUGCCUAUAUUUGUUCACACGUUGUGCACAUCCUCUCGAACACUUCCACAAGCAUGUGCACCAGUAGUGGCAAUGUGACGGAGGCGAUGUGCACUUGGAAUCAUAUCAAGGGUGUUGGUGUUUGUUAUAUCAAAAUGAGUACACCUGGCCUGGACAUUAUCCCUGCCAGGUGUUUUAUUUUUGCUAUUUUUGAAGUUUUUCAUCGCACAGUGCUUUACUGUCAUGCACAGAACUAACGGUUGGAGAAGAAACCCAAAACACCACUUAAGUGUGGGAAAGAAAUUGCGUUGAAGUUAAUUUCACAAUUCCUUUCUCUGCGAUCAACAUGAGAUUCACUAGAGAUUUACUUUAAUAUAUUUUGUUUGAAAUAGAGGAUUUUAUAUAUGGAUAUACAUAUUAUAUUUUGAAUGACAGUGGAGAGGUCACCACACAUUUGAUCAUUAUAUUUCCAAAUAAGUCGACCUCAGUUGGUGGUGGUGACUGAAGUUGCCCCAUUGAGGGUCUGCACAGGAGGAGAGCGCUGUAGCAAUAAUGCUAGGAUUUAUUCAUUCAUGGCUCUUGUUGCUUUGAAAAACAGUUGUCUGCCUCAUGCAGAAAGGGAAUAAACAACCAAAGUGUACUGUAGACUAAAACACUCUUCAACUGCCUUUCUUUGGAGUUUUCUAAUGUGAAUCCCGUCUCAUUGACCCCCCCCCCCCCAUUUCAUCUCAACAAUUAAUACGCAAUGGUUUGAUUUAGCUUUAAUUUUUAUGCGUUUUCUCUUUGGUUUUCUAUUUUUUUCUCAUGGGUGCCAUUACUCUUAUGUUGAUGUAUUCAUAUGUGUGCAGUGAGUUAGUUGUGUGCAUGGCAUACAUUCACUUCGCAUUCAUUCUAUGCUGCUCAGUUAGUUUGAAGCAGAAACACAGUCUAGUAAUGAAGACAGGGAGUUUGUUUCUUUCCAUGCCUUGUCUUAACCGAACCGUGCUGCUCCAUAAACUGUGACUUGUGGCCUUUGUUGUGAGGUAGUGAUGAUAAUGAUGAACAGUUAUAACAGAUGAUGAAAGGCACGGGGCGCAUGCAUCACAACAGGGGCCCCGGUACUACGAGUGGAACCAGAGGUCAAAGGUGAAAAGUAAUGACCUGCUGUGACUACUCUCAUCCCCACAUACACAGUAGUGUAAUCAGGUUUAACUGCAGUUACAACGGAGUUUUUGCUUUUUAAAAAAAAACUGUGCUUUUUCGCCCCUAAUUUAUACUCAUAUAACAUUACCUUUCAAAUGAAAAACAGUGACAAAAAAGAAGAUAAUAAAGUUGUUACUGUCAGCA